AUGCUGGUCAUUAUUAGGAAUGUACUAUCAUUUGGAAUGCAAGCAAGAAAUGCUAUUUUCUAUAAUAGGACUUUGUCUGAAGCUGAAGAUAUGUUGAGUAUGGGCUUUGUGGAUACCAUAGUUGUUUUCCUUUCUGUUGGUAAUUUUUGGCGCGAACUAUGGGAGACGGCAAAACCAAUACCAGCUGUUAGACGAAGUCCCCUUUAUGAUGAGGAUCUGGCUGUGGAAGGUAUACUGGACUUUCUGGAGGACAUUUCACCUUCUGAGCUAUUGAAACAGCUCUUUAUUGUUGCUGCUACAGAACAUUCAGGGAUAACUCAAGGGGAAAUUCAUAUGCUUAAGUUAUCACGUACCAGGGAUAUUACUGUGUACAAGCAACGACUAAUAAUUGUAGAGGCCACCCUCUCCGCAAACUCAAGUUUGUCAAAAUUGUUCCAUGAGUGCAGAAGCUAUACUGUUCAGAGUUGUCAAAGGGGUAACUGGGUUGAUAAACUCGAUGAUAUAUGCCAGGUUUAUGAUUUAGUGGAGGCGAUGUUGAUAAAUCCGGAUGAAGUUACAAAGAUGACAACUCAGCCUGAAGAAACCACAAGUGCAUGUGACCUACGAGAUUGUUUCAAGAAACUUAGCUUAAUCUUUGGCGGCAAAAAUAAACACUCGUCAAAAGCAUCCACGGAAGAUCCAAAGAACAAUGAUCCUAACUCAACGUGCCAACCACUCUCAUGGACAUUUUCAGAGAAGCCUCCAAAGCCCGUGCUUUUCCGGCAGAUAAACCUUCCAGUUCAGUUGAAACUGACUGGACAAUUGUUUGAACAUGAAAUUGUAUAUUUUGUGUCAAAACUGAAAUAA